CACAGAACAAUUAUUAAGGGUUUGUACAAAUACAGGAUAUGCCAAAAAUACUCGACUUCCGCAAGUGCCGCUUAUGCUGCCGCUCGCAUUCCCUACGAUACUGUCGUGCUUUCCUGGCGAUGACGCCCGACGAGAGGUACGAGUCUGCAAAGGCACAUCGCUAUUGUAUUAAUUGUCUAGCGACUUCACACACCACCGGAGCAUGCGACUCCCCAGACAGUUGUCGUCCAUGCGGACUAGCACAUCACACGCUGCUUCACCGACCCUCGCGCGAGCUCGCCGAGCGCGCACCGCAUCACAGCCGAAGACAAGUCAGGUUCCAGUUGCCCAAAGAACCACGGAAGAACCAUCAAAAGCGCACCACUGAACCGGAACCGAAGCGCAAGGUAAUGCGAAGCACAUCCAACGAGAGAACUCGACGAAACAUCAAAUCACCGGCCCUCCAGCAACGAAUCCGUGGGUUGGUAGAUAAAGCCCGAAAAACUCUGCAGCAGCUCGAAGACUUGGUCCAGGUCACGUCGCCGCAGGCCCGCCGGCAUGUUGAAGACAUGAGUGUCGAUCUCAUAGAGUUCUGAAAGA